AUGGACAUUGCUGUUCCAGCCGCCGCCGACAAGAAGGCCGCCCCCAGGUUCAAGCAGAGGGCUGCUCGUACCUUCAAGAGCAAGGCCCCAAAGCCUGGCCAGAAGGGAUUCGGCGACGACAUCCCCGGCAUGGAGGGUCUCGGCACUGACAUCACGGUGGUGUGCCCAUGGGAAGCCUACGGGGACCUGGAGCUCGGGGACCUGGCCAAAUACGGAAUCGUCUAG